AAGUUCUUCACGAGACAGAAGAAAUUCUAGAGAAAAUUCUCGAGAAAGAAGCAAAUAUUUAGACUCUUAUAAUAACGAUAGUAGAAGAACUAGCUUCCACUCUCUCUUACCUUAUCGUAGAGACAUUAACUACCUUGAUCAUGACAGUACUCCACCUUCAGCCUCCCCAGUUCCUUCUAAUAACAAGUGGAAACACUUCCUCGACAACCCCUCUAUCCGCAUAGCUAUGUCAGCCUAUCUUAAUGAAGAAACUAAAAAGACUGACCUUCUUCCUACCUCUCACACUACCCCUGUUAAAUGUAACAUUCAUCUUAGAAACAGACCUUACCAAGCAAUUAUUGAUAGCG